UUGGUAUCCAGCGUUGUCCCGGUUGCCGUUUUCAUGCCCUCCUUGAUCCCAUCGUACCCGCCAGCGCCGAGCUCCUGGAUUUCACUAGUAUCCACUCUGGGUACCGGCUUUAUGCUGGGUUGGGGAACGAAGAACGGUCGAGGUUGCACGUCAGGCCACAUGCUCUGUGGCGUUUCCCGGUUGUCGCCGCGCUCGUUUAUCGCCACGGCCAUCUUCUUCACAACUGCGUUACUCACGGCGAAUUUUGCUUCGAAUAUCCCGCCUUGUGCGGAUGGUGUCCCGUGCUACCAGCCCGUUUACCCCGCGACGGGGGACCUCAGGUUCAUGGUCGCCACUAUGGUUCUUUCGUUUGUGACAAAUUGCCUGGUUGUACCUCGAGCGCUGGAUCGAUCUGAGCGAUCACGAACGAUAUUUGCGUAUCUGGCGGGAGUGGAAUUCGGCCUGGGUCUGCUGUUCUCUGGAAUGGCCGAUCCGGUCAAGGUGCUGAGGUUCUUUGCUUUCCUCACCGAUCCCUCGCGCUUCGAUCCGUCGCUGGCGCUCGUUCUGUUCUUUGGGAUCGGUCCAUCCGUGGUAAGCUAUGUAACGAAGAACCCGGGGCAGAAGACAAAUAAAGACGUGGAACAAUCCAAGCCGACCCUCGCGGACCAAUGGAAACUUCCCACUGCUACUGUAGCUGACAUUGACUGGCGCUUUGUAACGGGUGCAGUGACCUUUGGUCUUGCUUGGGGAUUACGGGGCGUGUGCCCUGGCCCGGCGAUCCUGCGCACAGUAUUGCAACCAGCUUGGGGGUUGGCACAUAUGGCUGGCUUCAUGCUUGGGAAUUGGGUGUAAUUUAUUCUUUGGGUGUGUUCGAUCAGAUUUCCGUUCAUAAGUAUUAGAAUUUCGAGAAGCGUUGUCGAGAAGCGAAACUGCUCAAGAACAAGGCUGGACCACCAAAGCCCUCGUUUAAAAGCUAUGCAGACGCAUCACGUAUCAGCGCAGCCCGUGGCAGAUACCCAGGGUACAUGUAUUUAGGGAGAAAUGCAUGGCUGCAAUAGCCAUGUCAAACAUUGAUGGUGGUUGAAGAUGGC